AUGCAAAACUACAUCAAACUCUUUUUCAUCGCGCGCCUUGCAGAUUGGGAUGGUAUAAUAAAGUCACGUCGUAUACGGGAUUUUGACAAUUAUGCUACUCCUCUAGUUGGCAAGUUUGAGAGUGUGGAUACAUACUAUAGCCAUAGGCAUUGCAGCAGCGCACCAUAUGUCACAAAAGUUGCAAUUCCGUUACUGUGUGUAAGUAGUUUAGAUGAUCCAGUCUGUACCUGGGAGGCAAUCCCAUGGGAUGAGUGCAGAGCAAAUAAAAAUAUCUUGCCUUCUUUGAGGGUCUUACUGCAUCUAGUUUAUGGUGGGUGA